AUGCAUGUCAUGGAGAAAGGAGAAGGGGAAAAUGAAACAUAUAUCACAGAAUUCAUCCUCCUGGGAUUUGGGAAUCAUGCUGAACUGCAGCCCCUUCUCUUCCUGCUGUUUCUAGUGAUCUACAUUGUGACCAUGGCUGGGAACAUCCUCAUCAUUGCACUAGUUGUGACUGAUCAGCACCUUCACACCCCCAUGUACUUCUUUCUGGGGAACUUGUCCUGCUUGGAGACCAGCUUCACCUCCACCAUCCUGCCCAGGGUGUUGGACAGCCUCCUGACUGGGGACAGAAAUAUUUCUGUUACUGGCUGUAUCACUCAAUUUUAUUUCCUUGGUCUUUAUGUGGGAGUUGAAUGUUAUCUCUUAGCACUUAUGUCCUACGACCGGUACUUAGCAAUAUGCAAACCACUACACUACACAGGUCUUAUGAAUGGCAGAAUCUGCCAGCAGUUAGCAGCUGUGUCCUGGAUGAGUGGAUUUAUGAUAAUUACCAUAGUCACAUGUUUAAUGUCACAGUUACAUUUCUGUGGCCCCAAUGAAAUUAACCAUUUCCUUUGUGAUUUUACCCCAGUGAUUAAACUCUCCUGCAGUAAUACCAGCCUGAUCAUACUGGUGACAUUUAUAUUCUCUUUCAUAUAUACCCUGCCCCUGUUUCUAUUAACCCUGGCAUCCUACAUUUGUAUCAUCUCCACCAUCCUGAGAAUCCCAUCCACCACUGGGAGGAGAAAGGCAUUUUCCACUUGCUCCUCUCACCUCAUUGUGGUGACAAUCUACUAUGGGACUCUAAUCAUUGUCUAUAUGUUUCCAGACACUGACACACUUAGAGACCUCAACAAAGUGUUCUCUCUCUUCUACACAGUCCUAACUCCCCUGGCCAAUCCCCUCAUCUACAGCCUGAGAAACAAAGAGGUCAAGGCGGCCCUGAGAAAAGUCAUCAGCAAAUGUAUGGAGCUUAUAGAAAUUGAGAAGUAG